UCGGCGCGCGGCCGCUGCCGGGAGCGGACCCGGCCCCAGCGCCCGCUCCGCCGCCAUGGCCGCCGCGCACCCCGGCCCCGCCGCGCCCGCCGCCCCCGCCCCGCCGCCUCCUCCCGCCGCUCCGGGCAUCCUCAUCGGCGACCGGCUCUACUCCGAGGUGUCUCUGACCAUCGACCACUCGCUGAUCCCCGAGGAGCGGCUCUCGCCCACCCCCUCCAUGCAGGACGGGCUGGACCUGCAGUGCGAGACCGACCUGCGCAUCCUGGGCUGCGAGCUCAUCCAGGCGGCCGGCAUCCUGCUGCGGCUGCCGCAGGUGGCCAUGGCGACGGGGCAGGUGCUGUUCCAUCGGUUCUUCUACUCCAAGUCCUUCGUCAAGCACAGCUUCGAGAUUGUUGCUAUGGCCUGCAUCAAUCUCGCGUCCAAAAUCGAAGAGGCGCCUCGUCGGAUAAGGGACGUGAUCAACGUGUUCCAUCACUUGCGGCAGUUAAGAGCAAAAAGGACUCCAAGCCCCCUGAUACUUGAUCAGAACUACAUAAACACCAAAAAUCAAGUAAUCAAAGCAGAAAGGAGGGUACUGAAGGAGUUGGGAUUUUGUGUUCAUGUCAAGCAUCCUCAUAAGAUCAUUGUUAUGUAUUUACAAGUCCUAGAAUGUGAACGUAAUCAAACCCUGGUACAGACAGCCUGGAAUUACAUGAACGACAGCCUGCGGACGAACGUGUUUGUUCGCUUCCAGCCGGAGACCAUCGCGUGUGCGUGCAUUUACCUCGCUGCUAGAGCCCUGCAGAUCCCGCUGCCUACCCGUCCCCACUGGUUCCUGCUCUUUGGCACCACAGAAGAGGAGAUUCAGGAGAUCUGCUUAACAACUCUGAAGCUUUAUACCAGAAAGAAGCCCAAUUAUGAAUUUCUGGAUAAAGAAGUAGAAAAGAGGAAAAUGGCACUACAGGAGGCAAAGCUGAAAGCAAAAGGUUUAAAUCCAGAUGGAACUCCAGCACUCUCAACACUGGGCGGCUUUUCUCCUGCAUCCAAACCAUCUUCCCCAAGAGAAGUAAAAGCUGAGGAGAAAUCUCCAGUAUCUGUGAAUACCAAAACUGUUAAAAAGGAGCCAGAAGAGAGGCAGCAAACCUCCAAGAGCCCUUACAACGGGCUGAGGAAGGAGAGCAAGAGGAGCCGCAGCAGCCGCAGCGCCAGCCGCUCCCGCUCCCGGACAAAGUCGCGCUCGCGCUCCCACAGCCCCCGCAGGCACUACAACAACCGGCGGAGCCUGUCGGGCACCUACAGCUCGCGCUCGCGCAGCCGCUCGCGCAGCCACAGCGGGAGCCCCCGGCGGCACCACAACCACGGCUCGCCGCACGCCAAGGCCAAGCACGGCCGCGAGGAGCUCAAGGGCAGCAGCAGGCACGGCCACAAGCGGAAAAAGUCGCGCUCCCGCUCGCAGAGCAAGUCCCGGGAGCACUCGGAGGCGGCCAAGAAGCACCGGCACGAGCGCGGCCACCACCGGGAGCGGCGCGAGCGCUCGCGCUCCUUCGAGCGCUCCCACAAGGGCGGCAAGCACCACGGCAGCGGCCGCUCGGGCCACGGCCGGCACCGCCGCUGAGCGCGGGACUGCGGGGCUGGGCCAGCACCGGGACCGGCACCAAGCCCACAGCCUGUGGGGCUGGGCCAGCUCUGGUACAGACACCGAGCCCUGGGACUGCGGGGCUGGGCCAGCUCUGGUACAGACACCGAGCCCACAGCCUGCGGGGCUGGGCCAGCUCCGGGACCGGCACCGAGCCCUGGGACUGCGGGGCUGGGCCAGCUCCGGCACCGAGCCCUGGGACUGCGGGGCUGGGCCAGCUCCGGCACCGAGCCCUGGGACUGCGGGGCUGGGCCAGCUCCGGCACCGAGCCCUGGGACUGCGGGGCUGGGCCAGCUCUGGUACAGACACCGAGCCCUGGGACUGCGGGGCUGGGCCAGCUCCGGCACCGAGCCCUGGGACUGUGGGGCUGGGCCAGCUCUGGUACAGACACCGAGCCCACAGCCUGCGGGGCUGGGCCAGCUCCGGGACCGGCACCAAGCCCUGGGACUGUGGGGCUGGGCCAGCACCGAGCCCACAGCCUGCAGGGCUGGGCCAGCUCCAGCACCGCCGCUGAGCCCACGGGCUGAGCUCAACCCGGCACCAAGCCCACAGACUGCAGGGCACCGCCAGGGCUGCAGCAGCUUCAACCCCAUCUGGUUUCCUUAAAGGUGUAGAAGAAUUUUUUUCUCGUGGGAAAGAAACUGUUACCAACUUUUGCACAUAAUACCUUAGCAGUAUCCCAGAGGUGGCAAACGAUCAGGUUCAUUGUAUGUAUUAGAGUUGUGUAUUGUUUAUUGAGCUGAGAACUGGAGAAAGGAUUUCUGUAAAAAAGCAAAACGUACAUUAUUUUUAUACCAGUCAAUUGCAGACGCUUAUAUUUAAGUAUAGUUAUUUGUUUAAACAUGGUGGAGACUUUCUUACACUGGUUUUAGUCUGCAUGUGUUCAAAGAUUUUUACAAAAAAUAAAAUAUAAAGCUUU